CAGGAUGUUGGCGAUGUUCGUUGUAAAGUUUGUUUGAACAAUAUGUUUUCGUGUCUCAUGUCAUAUGGUAACAUAUCGUGCUCAUGAGCGAUAUUCAACGUAGACAGUAAUAUGAAGUGGUGUUACUGACGGGUAUCCGUAGCAUGUGUUCAGAAUAGUAUUUAAGACAAUUUUUCGUGUCUUUCAUUAUCAGUGUUUGAUGGGAAUGAGCCAACGUUCUUCCGAACAUCAUGCACUUAUUUAACAAGCGACGUUUAGUAUUCUGGAUAUGUAUUGUAACUGUUGGAAGUUUAUGGGUACAUAUAUAUGGCAACGGACUGUUUCAAAGUAAGAGAUUAUUACAUCAGAAUAAAACAUCACAUGGUAUAAAUGAAGACAAACACGCAUCUCGUAGCACGGAAACACAAAUAACAUCUCCAAAAUUGCUUGUUGAUGACAACUUGACGUUGAAGCAUCCGAUUGACUCCAUUCUGAACGCCCAUUUCUUGGACGAUUUGCCAUGUGAAGUUGGGUUUCAACAAGAGUACGAGGUUGAUUUUCCAACAGAGAAAACUGCAUCGCCGAAAAUUCCACACGUCAUUCACCAAAUAUGGAUCACUACAUCAGAAAACAUGACUACGUCUUCGCAUCAGAUGGUACCCGCUCAAUUUAUAGACAAUAUGAAAACGUUUAGAAAGUUUAAUCCUUCCUGGGAAUAUAUGUUUUGGUCCUAUGCAAAUGGAAGAUCGUUGGUCGAGCGAUUUUAUCCAAACGUGCUUGAUUAUUUUGACAAGGCACCAGAAUCAGUUACAAAGUCAGACCUUUUGCGGUAUGUUGUAGUACAUAAAUAUGGUGGACUUUACGCAGACCUUGAUUCGACCUGCCAUCGAUCACUAGAUCGCGUAACAAUGAAAUACUCUUGUAUAUUAGUACCAGCGCCAUUUGAAAACGCUGUCAUCUUUGUAAAGUGGCCGUAUCAUAUAUGUAACGCAAUAUUUUUCUGUCGACCACAUCACGAUUAUUUUGGAUUUCUUAUCGACAGAAUCUCCGAAAUGUCAACGAUGUCUUCCAUACCGACAUUUAGUCUUGGUCCACAUUUCUUUACUUCAAUCUAUCGCCAGUACCAGAAUAUCAGCAGAGAAGAUAUCUACAAAGUGAAUGUGACAGCUAAUUCCAAUUCGCCUUAUUUUUAUAAAGGGCAUAUAUCAGAACUCUUAAGUAACGGAUUAUACAUUCCUAACACUAGAUUUUUCCUCGACCAACCGCACCCGUUUCUUAAAGGAAGACUUGCCAAGGACUGUAAAAAUAACCAAAAUAAUAGCCUACUUCUACAGCGCGUGUGUUGUGUUCUUCAGCUAAGGGGAUUUGAACGCCAACCUGGAAGAUAUACCUUUAUUUCGCAUGCGUACAGUUUUUCUUUUGCAGGUUUUAACAAGAAAAAAUAUACAAACUAUGUCUCGGUUAUUGAUGUUAUAGAUUAAGGGAAUGGUAUUUAUUUUAUGAUUUACGGUGGCUUAUAGGUAUUCUUUUUAUUAUGAAACUCCAUGAUCACACAGUUUUAAACUUUCAUUUAUAAGGCAGACUCUGUGUGAUGCUCGUAGUUUCAAACAAUGACUGCAUCGUAUCUUUGAAAUGUUUUUGCAUUAUGAGCUCUGAAUUUAUUCCUCCGUCUGCAGAAAGAGUUUGGAUCCCUUAUCAUUGUAGUACUUGGGGUUUACCUAUAAGUUUGUUAUUAUUUGUUUUAUUAUCAAGUUUCCUCAAGUUUAUGCAUGCUUUGAUAAAAUUUACCUUUAACGUUUCUUCUUUAUUUAGGAUUGUUUGGAUAAGAGUUAGUAUGUGCACGUAAACUGGUUUAAACCCCCAGUAAAUUUACAUUUUACUGACCGUUCCAAGGCGUUACCUUUUAAUCCUCAAUAAACAUACCUAGUGUUUUAUAUAUAUUAUGUAUGCACUUUGCUGUUUGUGGAGUUUAGUGCUGUUCUUCCAUGUUUCUUGUUUGUGAUUUUUUGCUUUUGUGUUCUAUGUCUUAAGCGUUUACCAAGUGACAUUAAACCGGGUUUAUGUUUAAACGUUUUGCUAAUGUGCUUGUUUCUGUAGUUUUUCUCAUAAGUAUAUAAACGUGAAAUUAAUUUAGUUUUAAGACAGAGACAUCCAUUUUGAAUCAGUGAAUCCAUUUUGAUAUUUCACUGUUUUUUUCGGGAUUUGACUUCCUUAAUUUAACUACAAUUGUAGUUGGUGGUUACGAUAGUUAAUAGAAAACAUAUGUUACCUGCUUUGAGUAGAAAAUAUAUACAGUAAUAUAUAUGUUUUGUAGGCGUAUGAUACGAACAAUGGAAUACAAAAUGUUAGUUGUCGAGAUUUGAUUUUCAAUAAUCAUCAUUACAGUUGAAAUGA